GAAACGUCGAUCGCUCCUCGAUGGAGUUGAUUAUGUCUCGGGCGCAAGGGAGAGUGUAUGCAACUGAAGCCACUCGGUACAACGACGAGGCGCGCGCCGAACCAGAUGUGAAUGAGGAGCUGCGAGCUAAGGAGGAGAGUCAGAAGGCGAUCGCAGGGGUUUAUCAGAAGGAGAACGGGCGCCUCGCCGAAGACCUGAAAAGCGCCCUGGUGCUUUAA